UUUUAAAAUCUUAGCCUGAUUAUGAAAAAUGUUUAGUAUGGUAUAUAAUGAUAUACUGUAUAUAUUCUGUUUUGACGUAAAUAAUUUGCUAGCAUGGUACGCGAGCGCUCUCUAGUGGUACGCGGGGAAAAUUAAUAUUUAUACAACAUUUAAACAUAAAGAUCUUUAUAAACAUCUCUCCUGUGUGGUGGAAGCUAAUAGGAAAGGCCUAUGCUGCUAUAUUCUAAUGUUGGCCAUCAUGGUGGUAAAAUGUGAAAAAAAAUGUGACCGAUUCCUCGGUGUACCCAUUUGCAUCACUAGAUGGCACUGUCAUUCUAUUCUUGUGUACGGCAUGUUUUGGUCAUAGUUCAUACAUCAUGAUAAUGUCCCGUGCAUGUGCCCAGAAAGUUCAGAACGAAUGAAUGUUUUUUUCCUCUGUAAUGAUUUUCUGUCUCUUUUUUAUUGAAUACUGAAUUUAUUGAAAACUUGCUGUGCACAGAUAGUGAACCACGGACGAAGGAUGACGAGGAUGGAGUUGCCAGGAAGGAGUAAAAGAAAACGAGGAAGGCAGCAGUGAUCCAGAUGUCAUAAAAAAAGACAUAAAGACUAAAACUCCACACAUAUGUGAAUACAAAGUCCAAGACCAUUUUCCACUGAGGAGAGCUGAAGAUGGAUGAGAAGGAAUGUCCUUUAGAAUCUCACAAGGCCGUUUCAGGGGAACCUGGAGCUGAUCACAGCCACCGCUGGACAAGGAUGGGACACGUGUGAGACAUUUACACUCUGUCAAUUCGGAGUGAGCAAUUGACCUAAUUCUGGAUGGUUUGGACAGAAUACUGACAGGGGACUUUUACUUAAGGAGGGGAAUCUGCGGGAUGUGACGGAGCCAUGAUCCUAAGAUGUUCUACAGUAAGACAAUCCAGCCGUCGCUCCUUUCAAGCCCCGCCCCUCCAUGACCAAUUAAGGAUAUGUCCGGUUUUAAAAAUCCCAAGAUGGCGCGGAGCAAUGGCGCUUUUGAGAAAAUAAACGAGUCCACAGGGUGACGUCAUGGUGGGCUGGUUGUCACGGCUAUAACAUGUGAGGAUCCCGCUGGAGCGGAGUUUAACCGCCUGCAGAGAGACGCUCAUCCACCGCUGCAGACUCCGCUCGCACUCUGGUGUGAGUCUCCCUUGCUGUAGCGAUGGCCGACAGCUCACACUGCUUCUACUGCCGGGAAGACCUCGGCGGGAAGAAGUUCGUCCGCAAUGAGGGCAAACCCGUUUGUGUCCGUUGCUACACCAAGUUCUGCGCUCACUCCUGCGCCGAGUGCCAUAGACCCAUCUCCGUGGAAACCAAGGAGCUGAGCCAUAAGGGCCGCCACUGGCACGAGGAGUGUUUCCGUUGUUCCAAGUGUUACAAGCCUUUGGCCAAGGAGCCCUUCAGCACCAAGGACGACCGCGUCAUGUGUGGAAAGUGCGGCUCCAGAGAGGAUGCUCCACGCUGCCAUGGCUGCUACAAACCCAUACUGGCAGGCACAGAGAGUGUGGAGUACAAAGGCAACUCCUGGCACGACGAAUGCUUCACCUGUUUCAACUGCAAACGGCCAAUAGGAUCGCAGAGUUUCCUCUCUAAAGGAAAUGAUCUGUACUGCAGCCCCUGUUAUGACAAGAAGUUUGCCAAACACUGUGUUGGCUGCAAGAAGGCGAUCAGCUCAGGAGGCGUGAACUACCAGGACCAGCCGUGGCACAGUCACUGCUUUGUUUGCUGCGUCUGCUCCAAGACUCUGGCCGGAGAAAGUUUCACCAAACACGAGGACCAGGUCUUCUGUGUCCACUGCUACAAGAGCUCCGUGGCCAAGAAAUGCAGCAGCUGCCAUAACCCGAUCACAGGUUUUGGCAAAGGCGUGAACGUGGUGAACUACGAGGGCGGCACCUGGCACGAGUACUGCUUCAACUGUAAGAGAUGCUCCAUCAGUCUGUCCAACAAGUCAUUCGUGGCCAAGGGACGAGACGUCUUCUGCUCCGACUGUGGCAACAAGUAACCUGAAGGCUGCGUCCUCUACAGCGGCAGUACUUACUCAUUAUCAUUCUUUCUCCAUUAGUUUAAAAUUAGAGGCUGUCCUUCAUCACUGCUGUCAGACACACACACAAACACACACACUUUUAUAGAACCAUACUUAAAGAAGCGCAACUGUUUUUAUCGUUGUUUUUUUUUUUCACGCUUUCCGCCGGCACAAGACAACCGCUAAUUUUUAUCGUUUUGAUAUGUGAUAUGGAAAUGAGAAGAAAUUCGAGCCACCAAAAAAACCCUGAUCUUGAUCUUAUAUUUAUACCUCCUGAUUAUAACUGCGAUUUUCACACCCUUAAUUUCAAACAACCAAAUGUUUAUGCACUUUUUUAAACACUUAUAUGAUAUAAUAUGAAAAAAAUAAUAUGAAAAAAUAACAAAUAUCAAAAGUAAAUAUACGGGACCUGCAGGCUUUUCAUGUGUCGCUAAAUGAAAUAAACAUUCCGCAAAGUUAA